GCAGGCAACCUAAACGUCUGUUAUGCAUGCCAUCAGCCUGGACAUCUAGCCCAUGAUUGCCCUCACAGGCCUCCGCAACAGAGUAUCGGGGUCGCACCGAUGGCUGCGGCCCCCAUUGCUAACGGACCAGGACGAGUAGGAGCUUUGAUGGAAGAAGUAGACGGUGGGGGGAGUUCCCUAGCCACCACGGAAGAGGCCGCCGAACUAAUCCCGUUAGAUCAGUACGUAUCGAUUGGUUACCCCGGGCUUGGAAUGAUCGGAACGAUCAGACCAGCGCCAGAACAGAAAGAGGUGGCGGAGUGGCGACCUUCUCCAGGAGAGAUGGAGUCGGGAGGACCCACCUUCGUCACCGGGGAAAUCGAUGUGCUUAACAUCGUUCGAGCCCUGGACCAUCGGAUUCUGCUCCCGAUCGGUGAUUUGCUUUUGAUCUCGAAACAAGCUAAUGAGAGACAUCACCGCGAUACUGUUGGAGAUUCACUCCGACAUCUAUGGGACGUUGUGCAUCUGGGUUGGGGAAGUGCGGACAGCGUGGACCGAUCUCCUGGCUCGGUGAGGAGACACCAUCGUGCCGGCGCACGACACGGACCUCCAGCUUCGCUCGUCUCGAAGCUCGCCAACGGUCGCGCUCCCGGAGCUUCAUCCCUUCGCGCCGCCCCAAUGAGUCAUCGUCGCGUCUCCUACUUCGGCCUCCCCUCCAGCAUCCCCACCCUUUGGGAAUUUGCGCGGGCUCCUACUCUCUCCUACCAUGUUAAGGAGAACAGUGCGCCUCUAUUGAGCGAGGAAAAGAGGAAUGCGUGGUGGGAAGACUAUAUCGAGCUCGCUCUCUGUCUAUUGGAGAUAGAGUUCCGUUGGUCAGAAGCGGCCCCGUUCGGAGAAGGUCCAGAGCACCCAGAGGACAGCGUGGAGCUUCUGAUCAUCCAAGCCUGGAGAAUGACGGAGCAAGGUGACCUGCUGGGAAUCGUAUUCGGAAAGGUGGAGGAAGGUAAUCUCGCCUUGAUCACGAACGAAUUGCUGGUGUUUCUGACUCUAUUGGUGGACGAUCUACCCUUGGACAUCUUGUCGCACAGUGACAAGCAGCCUGGCACCCACGUAUUGUCUCGAACGCUCGAGCCGCACCUUGUGUGGUCCACGUGUACGGAGAUUGACGAGGACAACUGUCUCUAUUCUUCCCAGGCGCUCUACGUGGAGAUCGACGUUACCGAUCUCACGUUUUGGGACCCGAUUGCGAGGCAAAACGCAGCGCAUGAUGAGGAGAUAGGGGGAGAAGACAAAGAGGAGGAAGAGGAAGAGCCAUCGAGCGAAGAACGAGACGAUCCAGACUACGUACCGGAAAUCGAAGCAGGGAUAGCCGACGAAUCGAGCUAACCGCGGGACGAGGAAGAAGAAGAAGGAAAAGAGCAAGCGGAGUCAGAGUUCGACGGAUUCGAGGCUGAAGUGCGCGACGCGGCUCGAAAAAGA